AUGAAGGUACGGAAUUCUACAAAAAAUGGGCCCAAAAAUAUAUCGGUAUUUCUCCGCGUCCGGCCUCCUACAUCCAAUGAGGAAGGUCAUUCCUUUGACAACAUCGCUUAUGAUCCUACCGACGGUCGUGUGAUCAACGUAAAACGUAUAACUUCUGGUAAUCCUAUUCAAAAGAAAUACCUUUUUAAUUGUGUUUUCAAACCCAAAACGACGCAAAAAGAAGUCUACGAUGUUUUUGCUAAAAACGCUGUGGAUGCUGCGUUUGAUGGACUGCAUGGGGUGCUCUUUGUAUAUGGUCAAACCGGCUCCGGUAAAACGUUCACCAUUAGCAAUGAUGACGGUAAAGUUGAAAAUCUUGGGAUGCUCCAGCGAUCUUUAAAAGAUGUGUGGAAUCGCAUCGCAUUGGACAAAGAUCACGACUACAGUUGUAUGCUCAGCUACGUCCAACUGCACAAUGAAAUACUAACAGACAUUUUAGAUAAGGAUCAAAGUCGUGUGCGCAUUCAAAUGGGCCCGGAAGGGGCCGGGGAUGUCAUUUUGGUGAAGGAAACUACGGGACUGCCGAUUGAAAAGCCCGUCAAAAACUACGAGGAAACGAUGCAGUUGUUUGAAUUGGGGAUGAGCCGGCGGGAGAUCGCGAGCACCUCGAUGAAUCAAAUGAGUUCCCGCUCACACACAAUCUUAAACUUUCUCAUAAAUAAAUCGCAGCGAACGAAGGCGGUCGCGGUGAAAAAUGAAAGUGAAUUGGGGGAGGAUUCGCGCCCGUCGUGUGUCGCGCUCGAAGGACGUUUGAUUUUCUGCGAUCUCGCCGGGAGUGAGCGGCUCAGCAAAUCCCACGCCGAUGGUAAAAAUCUCGUCGAGACCACGCAUAUUAAUGGCAGUCUUUUGGUGCUGGGAAAGGUAGUCCACGCGCUGACAGAAAAACUACAACAUGCGCCGUUCCGGGAAUCCAAGUUAACCCGCAUUCUUCAGUAUUCCCUAAUGGGAAAUGGCGACACCUCGAUUAUCGUCAACGUUAGCCCGUCCAACGAAAAUACGGAGGAAAGUUUAAGCGCGAUUCAGUUCGGCCAACGCGCAAUUCAAAUCAAACAGGACGCCCUUCGCCACGAAAUACUCGAUUAUAAGGCACUGUAUCUCCAGUUGAUGGCCGAGCUCGACGCGAAGAACGACAAAACCCUCGAAAGCGCGUUAAAAGAAGAGCGCGAGGUCUAUGAAUACCAAAUUUCAACCCUGAAGGAUCAGCUUUCCAUGUUAACUUCGGAAAAUGCGAUGCUGCGAGGGGAGAAUGCCACGCUUCGGUCCGGAUUACCGCCGGAAACGCUAAACGACACGUUAAAAUCGCUCGGGGAGAAAGACUGGAAGGAGGUGAUGACAAAGACGCGCGAGAUGAUCGCGAAUCGGGAUGAAAAGAUCCGCACGAUCGAUGAUGAGCGGAUGAAGUUGGCCCUGCUCUUUUCGAUUGAGCAGCGAAAGUGUUUUAAACUCGCGCAAAAAAUGCAAGCCACGAUCGAGCGCUACCAACACGCGUGUAGGGAAUUAACGAUUCAGGUGAACAAACUCCACGCCGAGCUGGCGGCGGUGAAGGGGACGGAUUACCUCAGCCUGAACGCGAAUAGCCAGGAAAGCCCCGCUUCCCCGGGAAGUAUUAACUCGGAGCAGAAUAGCUUUUUAGACGGGACGCAGGAGGACUUUGAAAAGCAAAAUCGAAAGCUCCAGGCCUACCGUGCGGAACGAAUUGAGCUUAUCGUUUACCAAUCAAAGGCCCAGAAAGCUAUACGGAUGCUGGUGGCCGAAAAUGACGCCUUGCGGCGAAAGUACGGGGUUAGUAAAGUGCGUGAUUCACCUUAA